GUAUUUUUUGUUGCAGAAAAAUGGACAGCGCGAGGAAUCCGAGCUCGCUCUAUGAACUGUGUUUGGGAAAAUAUGUGGCUAAUUUGAGUAAAAGUGUCGCGUCUCUGCAGAAAAUAAAUGCCCUCCGACUGCUGCCGCCGGUCAUCCUGGCCGAAAUCUACUAUGCGAUCUCCCAGAAGGCGGACUUGUGCGAGACGCUGCUGGAGGAGUUGUCUGACUUGAUGGUGUUCGCGAAGCUGCUGCGCUUUGGAUCUGCCAGGCAGAAGUUGCUCAAGUGCGUGGCGAGUCUCGUGAAGAACAAUUUGCCUAUUGUGUCGUGCCUGACGAAGCGCUAUGUGGACUACAUUGAGUACAGACGAUGGUACAAGCAAGGCGGCGGCAGCAAGGAUGCGGACGAUGAUGAGGAUGAGGAGAGUGUGCGGAAGUCUCGUCGGCAGGAUGUGGACCUAGGACUGCGCCUCGGGACGUUCCUGUCUGAGGCUGGUUGGCUGGCGGAGAGUAUUGAGGUGUUGUCGAAUGUGUUGCGCGUGGUGAGGAAUGUUCCCAGCGACGAGGCGCCCAUGGAGAAUCUCUUCACGGAACUGGACUGCCUGCAGAGAUUGCUGUACGCCCAGGCGAACUUUUGCCUCUUCCGCGACGCCGACACGACGUACAAGGCGAUCAUCGACAAGGUGGACACAGAGGGCAUUCCCAAGAGCCUGCUGGCCAAUCUCUAUCUGCAAAUAUCGGUGCUAUUUUUCGCGCGCAGCGAGUACGAUCAGAGCUACACGUGGAGCAUACGGGCAUUGAAGAAUGUGGCGCAGGAAAACAUCCCGGACAAGGUGGUGAUCGAUGUGCUCCUGCAGGCGGCCAAGUCGUGUGUGGUGAAGCGUCACUUCAAGAAGGCCAAUCUCCUCAUCAUGAUGGCCGUGACGAAGACGCGCAGCAUUUAUGGGCCCAAUCAUCAGAAGUACGCGGACGCGCUGCUCGACUAUGGCUUCUACUUGCUCAAUGUGGACGCCAUCACGUCCAGUGUGGAUGUGUACAACGAGGCGCUGCAGAUCAAGACGGAAAUAUUCGGGAACAUGAAUCUCCUGGUCGCUGUGGCGCACGAAGAUCUCGCGUAUGCUCUGUAUGUGCGCGAGUACAGCUCUGGGAAGUUCAACACGGCACGCAAUCACGUAGAGAGUGCCAUCACAAUCAUGAAGAAGCUUGUGCCGACGAACCACCUCAUGCUGGCGUCCGCGAAGCGCGUCAAGGCCCUCAUCCUCGAGGAGAUCGCACUGGACAACAUGAUGCUGCACUCGGGCACCGACCAUCAGGAGUUGCUCCAUCAGUCUGAGGUGCUGCACAAGUCGGCGCUGGAGUUAUCACUGGAGGCCUUCGGGGAGAUCAAUGUGCAGACGGCGAAGCACUACGGGAAUCUGGGGAGACUGUAUCAGAGUAUGAACAAGUUCGACGAUGCCGAGCGAAUGCACCAGAGAGCUAUCAAGAUCAAGACGGACCUCUUAGGUGCUUAUGACUACGAAGUGGGCUUGUCCAUUGGGCACUUGGCUUCCCUCUACAAUUAUCACAUGCAGAAACAUCACGAAGCCGAGUCGCUCUAUCUCAAGAGCAUCGAAAUAAGUCUGCGCCUUUUUGGCGACUCGUAUUCGGGUCUGGAGUACGAUUACCGUGGAUUGUGUCAUGUUUACGAAUCUCUAGCCAACACAGACAAGUACUUGGAAUACUCAAGAAUUCUGGACACUUGGCGAAUUCUGCGGCAAGAAAAUGACGAUGGGAGUAAAUCCGUGUUUGUUGAGCUGCGCGAUGACACAACAAUGGAAGAAGUGACGAAGAAGUUCUUCGAGAUGUGUUCGGAACCUAGCAAUGAAGUCAUAGCGACGGACGCCACGUGAUUCCCUUUAGUCUCUGCGACUGUUUAAUGGAAAAUUGUGCAACACAGAAGAGAAUCAUUGGAACGCGAGAGAUAUGAAAAGCGGUGGAGAUUAACUAAGCAUCACAUUUUUCUCGUGACAGAGUAACUUUUUAGUUGAUUUAAGACAAAAUACGAUUUUGUAUUUACACACUAUCUCUUCAAAAAAAAAAACAUAGUGAUUUCUUUUAGUUAAGGAUUAUAAUGUUAAACAAAUCUAUUUAGCUCUUGUUUAGGAAUGAUUUUCACAUGAAAGUAAUUAUCAUUGUGAGUGAAAAGGAAGGAUGGAAGAAGAGGAUUGUAAUUAUCAUUUUAAAAUUUCUAAAUAUCGUGAUUAUGAUGGGAGGAACACUAUUUGCUUUGGACAUCUUUCUCAUUCGUCGAUACCUUUAAGGGGAAACUCUCUUUGUUCUUUUCAAUAUACCUCUUAUAGACAUCACAAAAUCGCUAAACUGUGAAAGUGUAUUGAUGAAGAAAGGGAGGAAAAUAUCGGAAAAUGCAGUGUUAAAGGAAAUCUGUAUAGAAAUCUUACGAAAAAAAAUCACAGACGAGAGAGAGAGAG